AAGUGAUCCACCCUCGCGGCGUUUGACAACUGCGAAAAUGCCGGCUUCUGUAACUCACGCUCUCUACCUUUCCGCUUCGAGUCCACUGCAUUCAUGCCCGACUCCUGCUGCCAUUCCAUCCCCUCAUCGGAACCAUCACUUGUCCUCUGCCCUCGGAUGAGUAGAUUUAAUGCCCUCGAGGCCGCCUCCAUCGAUAAAUGGGAGAUGAGAUGGCUAGCCUCGGCCUCCCCAGAACCAGAAGAAUCAUGGCGAAAAGGUAGCAGAAGAGAGGAGAGAGAUGCCGCGGAAGAAGGUCGUGCUGCAGCCCCACCCCACCGAGCAAGCUCGGAUGCAGUGCUACCUGACUCGAAGGAAUGGUAUCAAGAAGAAGGUGAGGGAGCUCUCAAUCCUCUGCGAUGCCGAGAUUGUCCACAUCGCUAUCCCUCCAACAGGAGAGCCUUCGCUGGUCCUCGGCGAACACACUAACCUGCUAGCAAUUCUGGAUAGAUUUGCAAAUAUUGAUCCUCUUAUACGAGAAAGGAGGAGGCGUCAGGUUAUUGAUUGUCUGAAAAAUUCCUAUAAAAAGAAAGGUCAUGAAAUCAGUACUGACAGUCUGCUUCAGUAUAAUAUGUCCGGAUCUGAGGAGGUUGAAGAGUGUUGCAAUCGGAUAAGAGAAUUGCAAGAGAAAAUUGAUGCAGUAAACAGGAACUUGAGCCAUUGGAGAAACCCAGGUGCCAUAGAUGACAUAUUUGAGAUUAUUGUGAAGGAGGAAAUAUUGCACAAUUCUCUGCAACUUGUACGCGAACAGAAGGCGCGCUUGGAGCAAAGAAAUGGAGCUCCAGAUUCCACUGCCUUGGAGGUACCAAGUUUUGCCUUCACACAACAUACCAAUCCUCAACCUGUGCGAGGAGCUUUGUGCCAAGAGUUACCUCAGCGAGAUCCUGCCCAUCAAAACGCAUCUGGAGGACCAGUGGGCAUUGGAGCUGGAUUUAAUCUUCCUCCAUAUAGACAAAUUAUCCAAAAUUCACUUGGCCAUGAAAACCCAACCAAUUUGGAAGCCCUUCUCUCUGAAUAUCUAGUGAACCCCAACCAUCCACUCUCCAAUGAAGUUUCUAACAAUCUACUGCCUCAGCGGGUGUCCAGUUUUCCUGGAAUGUCAAAUGUGCUUAUUGUGGACAGCAUUACAGAUUCAAGCUUUCAUCCUCAAAGGCAGAUCACUCAAAGUACUACAAAUCAUGAAUUUCCUGCUUCUACUGAGGCACGCCGGGAAGAAAGAUUUGGUGUUUCAAAUUCCAACGCUUGUGAGGUGCCAUGUUUUGAUUUUGCACCCAUUUCCAGUCAACCUCUGGAAGGAAUUUUGAACCAAGUGCCACCUGACCGAGAUGUUGCCCUUCCUCCCCUUCCUGAAGUAUUCGUAGAAGCAGCGGAUAAUGGAGCUGGAUUUAACUUACACCAGCACGACCAAACUGCCCAAAGUUUGCUUUGCCAUGUAUAUCCAACCAAUUUGGAAGCUAGUCUUUCUGCUAACCUUGCGGACCCUAGUCAUCAACUAUCUACUGAUGUUUCUGACAAUCUACUUUUUCAGCGUGUUUCCAAUUUUCCUAGCAUAUCAAAUGAACUUCAUACGGACAGACUAACAGGAUCAAACUUUUAUUCUCAAAGACUGAUGGCUGACAGUACUACAAGUCAUGAAUUUCCUGCUACAUCUGAGACCUGGGGACUUAUCAAUAUGGAUAGACCAUGGGAAGGUGUUUUGAACUACGUGCCAUUCCAGCAGGAGCCCAAUCUUCCUGGCCCUUCUCAGUGGGAAAAUACAAACAUGCAAGGACUGGGACGCAUAAAAUCAUGCAACAGGGACUUCAAUUUUGGCUCCUCUCCAGGCUACUCUUGGCUCCCUUGGCCCUGAAAACCUGAGCAGAGCUGGGUCUUUGCUGAUGAUCCCCAUAUCAAAAGCAACAAUAGUAGUUACUUUGAGUGUGGAAACUUUUUGUUCCACCGGAAUGAUUUGUUAUAUUUUUGAAUGACUCAGUAAGUCUAUAGCCAGCUUAUCGACUCUCUUUGCAUGGGAACCAUAGGAUUUUGGAGCACCCCCUGUUUCAUUGGAUUUACUUGCCCAAGGAGCGUGGUCGAUAGGCCACUCUUUCCGACUUAUUGUUAUCAUGAAUCAAUUACGGUCGUGUGCGCGCGCAUCAUCAAAUAAUGAUUUGCACUGUUCGGUGGAGAAUCUGCCAGUAUGUGAAUUUGAUUUUUUUGUUUGGCUGUCAUUUGAUAUCAGUGUCAUGAAUAAUUUCUACAUUUCCAUUUUUUAUAGACAGUAAAUUCUAACA